AUGAACAACGUCGACGUCUGCUGCAUGAUGGACGUGGGCGACAAGCACUUGAGCGCCAUGCGUCCGGUCAAGGAGCUGCCUGGGCCCGAAGCCGCGUCGCCCGAGGCCAAGCUGCCCACCCUCGACCGAACAUCCCAUGGGUCGUCGAGCGAAACGGACGACCGCCGGUCCGAAGCCGACCGCAACACGUUCGCGAUGAGCCUGCCAGGCGCGCCCAUGUCUGGCAUUGCGGUCCAGUACCUCUACGCCCGCUACGUGCGCGCGGUCGACGCGGCCAGCGCGGCCAAGUUCCGGCUCUUCCAGCGCCACAAGGACACGCCGCAUCGACCAUUGGACCUCGUCGGCUUUACGCUUCUCUUUCCGCGCCUUGAGGCGCUGCCACACGCCACACUCUCGAGCUGCUAUCGGCUCUUCCGGCCCUACGACGCGGUCACAUGCAUCCAGGUGCUCCAGUUCCUCGACCUCGACCCGCAUCGGUUUGUCUUUGACUGGUUCACGGCCAGCCUCUCGUUUCCGGGCGGAAAACUCAAGAAGAAGAACGUCAUGCACCGCAAGGAGCUGCGUCUCUUGCUCGAGACGGCGCAUGUGCUCUCGGGCGUCCGCGACGUCGGCGCCGAGGCCUUUUCCGAGAUGCUCACGCGCGACGCGUUUGCCGCAGCGCUGCCACCGCGCCUCCUCAAGCGCUUGCUCGCGCCGUUCGCCAUCUUUCCACCACCCGACGACGAUGACGGCAACCCCCGUGACGCGCCGUCGCCGUCCUUGCAGUUUGCAAUCGCGAUCGAGUGGUGGCAGACAUGGCGGGCGUACGCCGACCCGAGCGACUCCAACAAUGACAACCACCACGACAACAACCAACACGAAUGCGCUGAGCCGUGCCCGCUCUCAAUCCACAACCAGGCGCUGGCCGACGCGAUGAUGGCGUCCGACACGCUCGUCGACGGCGUCGAUUACGUCACCGUGUCGCCAAUGACGUGGCACGCGCUCCAAGCGAGGUUCGGUGGUGGCCCUGCGCUGCCGUGCUACAACGGCGUGUACCGCCUCGUGACGCUUGCAAUUGCUCUAUCCGAGCACGACGGACGGCCAAGCCCGCAGUCGCGGUCGCUGCAGGCGCCGCCGAGUGCACGCCUCGUCGAUCUCAAGGACGUCGCCGUCGCCCUGCACCACGCGAUUGGAGAUGCCCGGUUGUGGUGCCGUGACGCUGACGCCAACUGGGUUCUCGUCACUUCGGAUCUCACCGCCGCCGACGUGCCAUCGUCCGACCUCCUCCUCGAGGUACGACUAACGGGCCAGAGCGACUGGCCGCGCGAUUCGCUGCGCACCCCCCGCGACUUUCGUCCGCUGCGCAUCGGCGACGCCGUCGACGCGUUCGACUGCGAGCAGGUGUGGCGUCCGGGUGUCGUCCACCGUGUCAGCACCGACGGCACGCGCGUCCUCGUGUCCUUUGUGGGCUUCCACGCCAUGUACAACGAAUGGAUCCACCACGACUCGGGGAAGCUCCAGCCGCGCCACAGCCGCACGGACGACGACGACCGCGGCGUCUCGCGCCUCAACCCGGGCUACCCCGGGGCCGUCGGGCUGCUGAACUUGGGCAACACGUGCUUUCUCAACUGCGCGAUCCAGUGUCUAUCCGCGACACCCGUCUUGCGCUCGUACUUGCUCUCGACGCAGUAUGUUGGCCACAUCAACAAAACCAACCCGCUCGGCACGAAAGGCAAGGUCGUCUCCGCCGUCGCCUCCGUUCUCGCGUCGCUUUGGACGCCGACGGGAGCGAUCCCAACGACGACCGUGUCGCCGUCCGCCCUCCGAAAGCUCGUGGCCAAAGCGCGGCCGCAGUUCGAUGGCUACGACCAGCAAGACGCACACGAAUACAUGGCCGCCCUUCUCGAUGCAAUCCACGAAGACGUCAAGCGCAGCACGGGCUUUCACGAACCGACGGCCGCCGACGACGCUGCGUGGCGUGCGCACGUGGCCGGGAACCACUCGAUCGUCACCGAUGUCUUCCACGGUCUUCUCCAGAGCCAGACGGUCUGUGAUGCGUGCGGCCACACGUCGGUCUCGCACGACCCGUUCCUAUGCUUUAGCCUCUCGAUCCCGAUCGUGCUCCGGUGCGCGCUUCGCAUUCUCGUGUUUCGCCAAAACGCCUCAUCGCCCGUGAUCUGCGACGUGGCGCUGCCGUCGAACGAAGGCGCGCUGCAGAGGGUGCUGGAGGACGUGGGCCGCCAACUGCGGACGCUGCCAUCGCUCUUGCGGCUCGUGCACGUUCAGAACCACCGGUUUGUGCGGGUAUUGAGUCCCGACACGCUCGUGUGCGACCUCUGUGGCGUCCCGUUUGUGCUCUCGCUCGGGUCGGACCGAACCACGGCCGAGCUCUACGCCGCGGUUCGCGACGAACUGAGUCGCGUGAUGGCACCGACGGCAGCCUACAGCCUUGGCGCGAUGGCCAUGAGCAAUCCACGGAAGACCGUCGAGCUGCCGUGCGACGCGACGCCGUUCCUACGGUAUGUGACGCCGCCCGAGGUCGUCGUGCUCGAGUGGACGUCGCCGCCGAUGUAUGUGGACGACUACGCGUCGGCGCUGCGCCCGGUGACGCGCCACGUGCCAGAGUUGACCUUGCGUCGAUGCCUCGAGUCGUUCAUGGCCACGGAGCGCAUGGGCGUCGACUGGGCGUGCGAGCAGUGCCAGAGCACAUCAGGUGGCUCUCGCUACACGGACCUCGCGCGAUCGCCCGACAUUCUCAUGCUGCACCUCAAGCGCUUUCACUACUCGAGCGUCCAGCACCACAAGGUCAACGAGCUCGUGACGUUUCCGCUGGAAGGACUUGACUUGAGCCCGUACUUGCAUCAAGUCCCGUCCGACGUCAACAGCGGUCUCUACGACCUGUACGCGGUCGCCAACCACACGGGCGGGCUCAGCGAAGGCCACUACACGACCUACUGCCGCUUUGACCUCCCGAAGAACGACGACGUGAUGCUCGAAAGUGUCGUGCCCACGUCGCACGUCUGGCUCUGCUUUGACGACGAAGUGGUGGGUGAGAUCCCGUCGUCCAAGGUCGUCUCCAACGCCGCGUACGUGCUCUUUUACAAGCGCCGACUACCGUCGAGCACGAGCCAGCUCUACGCGCUGUGA